GGUAAGUAUAAGGAGGCGGAAACUAUAUACCGACGGGCACCCCAAGGGUAUGAGAAGGUGCUUGGCCCUGAGCAUCCUUAUACUCUGACAAGUAUGCACAGCUUUGCCCUUACUCUGAAGACGCAAGAGAAGCUCUAUAAGGCCCUCAGUCUUCUCAGGCAAUAUACCAACCAAUACAUCAAAAUAUAA